AUGAGAGAGGGGUUGAGAUCUCGGACUCGAUCGGGGAAGGUUUCUGGUGGCGGGGGAGUUGUUCACAACGAAAGCGGUGAUGUGAAGAAUGAAGCUUUUGAUUUGGGUGGCGAGGGUUUAGGGGCACCUGACUUGACGAUUGAGAAGAAGGACGCUGUUGAACAUGCAGUAAAAGAAGAAUGUGGCUUGGAUUUGGAUGUGAGUACGAGUGGAAAUGUUGACUUAGCCGAGAAUGGGAAAGAUAGGAGUACUUUUAGUGGUGUGGCUAACGUUUUAGAAGCUGAUGUUGACAUGGAGGAGAAGAAGGAACAAGGGUCAAAUGAUGGAGUGUUGAUUGGUGGUCGGGUAUUGCGCUCAAGGUCGAAGAGGGGUGAUUCUAAAAAAGGUUUUAACGUAGAGAAUGGUGGUGUCAUUUCCGGAAAUAAUAGAGGACAAGAUAGGUUUGAGAGGGUAGAAGUUAAGACGGAAUAUGAAGAAGUUGAUGAAUUAGUUACCGAGGGUUGUGAGAAUGAAAGGGUUGGGGUGAAGAAGGAAAGGAAUGGCAAGAAGAAUUUGAAACGGAAGCGUGGGAGGCCUCGCAAAAUAGAGUUGAAAGAGGAAGAUCAAUUAGUUGAUUGGUUGCCAUGUAAGCGUGGAAGACCGCCCCUUGAGGGUAAACGUGGAAGACCGCCCCUUGAGGGUAAACGUGGAAGACCACCCCUUAAGGUUGGCAGACAAAACCAUCUCCUAAAAGUGGCGCAUAAUAGAAAAGGAAAGGUGGACCGUCAAAAAGGUUUAACUAUGAAAGAUGGUGCAAAUGGGAAUGCAAUUGAAGAUACGAACUCAAGGAGAACUUCUGGGAAUGAGUUAGAAAAGAAGGGAUGUUCUCCUGUCAAGAAGAAAACUGAGAACAAUGGGGUGGCCUCACCAUUUGGAUCAAAUAUAUCGAAAGCACUUGCUGUAGAUAAAAGUGGAAAGAGUAAAGUAAAGAGUGAAGUAAAGAGUAAUGUAAGGAGUAAAUUAAGGCAGUUAGUGAGGGAUCAAAUAAUGGAACGGCUCUCUGCUGCAGGCUGGACAGUUGAGUAUAGACCGAGGAAUGGCAGAGUGUACAAUGAUGCAGUGUAUGUUAGUCUUGAUGGAAAGACACACUGGUCAAUCACCUUGGCCUACAAUAGGCUUAAAAGGCAUUAUGAAGCUGGUGAUGGUGAAGGUAAGGUAUACGGGCCAGGUUUCAAAUUUACACCAAUACCAGAAGAGGAUUUCAAGAUACUAACUAGGGUAAUUGUCAAGCAAAGAAAAGAUAAAUGGACCCAAAAAGGGGGAAAGGGUGGAAAGACGAUUGAUGGAGUCAAUAGCAAAGAGGGAAAAGGAAAACCAGGUUCUGGUGCAGGAAUGGGUAAGUCAGUGAAAAGGAAAAUAAAAUGGAAACGUUCACUUCUUGAUGAGGGCAACACAGAUCUUACAUCAGCUAGCAGGAUGCCAGUUCUGCUCAGGGAUCAUAAGCGCCAUAAAACACACAACAAGAAGCGGUGUGCUCUGUUGGUUCGCAAUGCUGAGGAGGAGAUAGAUUCAGAAAUUGAUGGAUAUGUGUCAUACAGUGGAAAACGAACUGUGCUUGCCUGGAUGAUUGAUUUGGGUACUAUCCUCCAAAAUGGGAAGGUUCAUUAUAAGCAAGACGGAAGGGAAUGUUUGUCUGGUAAGAUCACAGGAGAUGGCAUUCAUUGUGGCUGCUGUAAUGAAAUCGUAACAAUUUCAGACUUUGAAGCUCAUGCAGGAAGCAAACUCACUGAUCCACUUAAAAAUAUACAUAUAGAGGAAGGAACUUCUCUCUUUCAAUGCCUGCUAGAUUCAUGGAAUAAACAAGAUGAAUUUGCACGGAAAGGUUUUCAUUUCGUUGAUGUUGCGGGUAAAGAUCCAAAUGAUGAUACAUGUGGUAUCUGUGGAGAUGGUGGAGACCUGAUCUGUUGUGAUGGUUGCCCAUCAACAUUUCAUCAAAGCUGCCUGGAUAUAAAAAAGUUCCCUUCUGGUGACUGGCACUGCAUUUAUUGCUGUUGCAAAUUUUGUGGGUUGGUUAGUGGAAGCUCAAACCAAACAGACGGCUAUGAUGAUUUUACUAUGUCUACAUUACUUACAUGCCAUUUAUGUGAGGAAAAAUAUCACAAAUCCUGUAUUGAGGCAAAUGGCGACAAGACAAAUGAUUGCAGGGAUGUCUUCUUUUGUGGAGACAGAUGUCAAGAGUUAUCUGAGAGACUUGAAAUGCUUCUUGGGGUUAAGCAUGAAAUUGAAGAUGGAUUUUCUUGGACCUUUAUUCGGCGAUCAGAUGUUGACCUUGAUGCUUCUCAGAUAAAACCUCAUAUGGUUGAAUAUAAUUCCAAGCUGGCUGUUGCUGUAUCAAUAAUGGAUGAGUGCUUCAUGCCAUAUAUCGAUCAUAGAAGCGGGAUUAAUCUGAUCCACAGUAUUGUGUAUAAUUGUGGGUCAAACUUCAAACGUCUGAACUAUAGUGGAUUUGUUACUGCAAUUCUAGAGAGAGGUGAUGAGAUUAUAUGUGCUGCAUCUAUCAGGAUCCAUGGGAACCAACUAGCAGAGAUGCCUUUUAUUGGUACCCGCUAUAUGUAUAGACGACAAGGAAUGUGCCGCCGGCUUCUAAAUGCCAUUGAAUGGGCACUCAGCUCCUUAAAUGUUGAGUUAUUGGUCAUACCAGCUAUCUCAGAACUCAGAGAAACUUGGACUUCUGUUUUUGGGUUUCAGCCACUUGAAUUAACAAGCAAGCAGAUAAUAAAUAACAUGAAUCUGUUGGUAUUCCCUCACGUAGAUAUGUUACAGAAGAAGAUAAGUAAGCAUAAAUUUGCUGAUGAAAAUCUGAUUCCUACAGAAGUUUCCAAUUUUAAGACUCAUACAAUAUACAAGGUAGCAAAUAAUCGUGAUCAGGCGGACUCAACUGGAUCUGAGUUGAACACUUCUACUGGGACCCCUCACUCUAAUGCAUGGCAGAUAAAUAAAACCAUGUGUGUUAAAUCUGGUUGUCGGCUUCCUGAGAGCUCAUUGAAUAAAGCACCUGACAUUACUAGCAACACUGUGCACCAUUGUAAAUCUCCAAACGAUGUCGCAGGGCAAGUUGUAUGUCAGGCUGUUCAUGAGAAUUUGGCGGUGGAAAACAAAAGUACUGCAAAUGCCCGUGAUGAUACUUGUUGCCAAGCUGAAGACAUGAGUACAUAUAAGAAUACUAGUGUCGUCAUACCGAAAUAUGAUGAGAAGCCAAUAGAUUUGGAUAGCCAAUCGAAAAAUCGCCGUGUUCCUUAUGAGGAAAGUCAAUGUCUCACUGUGUCUCGUGUUAGCACUGAAGCUACUGAAGGACAUUAUGUUGGUACUUCGUUGGAGGUUACUGAAAACUUAACCGAUGAGAUGAAAGUAGCAAAUGAGGUUGUUUCGGAUAACAAGAAUGAUGAAAAUUCUGCACACUGGGGGGCAGAAAGUAUUCCUCUUGACUCACAAAUUGUGUUUAGUACAAGGGAAUCAAAAGAUUCUGUUGACAGUAUUAACCAUGGUCCACAUAAGAUUUCGGACUGUUGUGAACUGAGAAGCAAGACUGAUAUUGUUCAACCGGACUUUCUAGGAUCAAAAGAAGUACAUGCUGAUGAAGCGGAAAUGUGCUCUGCCAGAACACCCAAUCUUAAGACAAACAUAAAUCCUGGGAAUGACCAAUCCAUAGUGGUAUCUUCAGGUAUUUGUGAGAAGAUUGUAGAUGGUGUCAAUGAGAGGAGUAAAGCAUCAAGUGUAGCUGAGGCCAAUUUCCUUCCUGCUGAUACAGACGUAGUUCCCAGUAAAAAUCCUUGGAUGGAGGAGUCUUCAGAGGUAGAUGAGCCUGAUUCGCAGGUUGAUCAAACUGCACGGAGCAAUGCUCCAUCCUUGUGGAGCCCAAACACUGCUUCUGGUGCGGCUCUUCCCUGUGCAUCUGGUGGCAAUACUUCAUGUGGCAACACUGAGGUGAUAGUUCUGUCAAACCAAGCAAGUUGAUUUCUGUGUUCCAUUUGUAGUUAGUUGUAAGUAGGUUAUCUGUUGGUGGUAUUCAUUGACACAAGGAAUCUACCAAUACAUUCUAGACGGUCCUAGGUAUCUUGUCCUUAAGGAGGUGAGGGCCACCUACUUAAUGUGACGAGAUUUGUCGUUGUAGCAAAGUGGUUGUUAGAGCUGGACGAUGUUACCUUAAGACAAAGAUGUCCGGAGGUUACCUCCAUUUUUGGGAGGGCGGAGGAGGGGUCAGGGGAGUAGCACCAUGAGGACUGUCGUGUAUUUUGUUCUCCCCAUAGUUAUUGUGGUAUUGCCAUGUAAAU